AUGUUUUUAAUAUUCCAUUUAUUUUAUAUAUGCAUCUCUAGCUUUACCUAUAUCAAUGAUUAGAAUAGAUACUCAGUUGAUACAGAUUGGAGUAACCCAACAUAUAGUCAAGGAGUUGUAUCAAAAUUAUGUCCUUUAGGAGCAAAAUAUUAUAUGUAUGAAACGAUCAAUACUGAUAUUUACUACUUUUUGUCGAGUGGAAUACUAUUAGAAGGAAAUUUAUUUUAUCUUCAUUAUGUGGAAUUAUCAAAUUCAAAAUAAAAAAUAAUUCACCAUGUUUAUUAUAAAUAAGAAAACUAAUGGUUAUCAAAUGAAUUUAUAUUUAAUACUUAAGAUUAUGAAGGAAGGUGGUUUUAACAAUAUGUCAAUUAUGAUAUAGAGUAAAAAUUAUUAAAUUUCGAUAUGAGAUGGGGAAACUAUGAAAAAGCUUUAAAUUAAUAUUCCUUUUAACAAUUUGAGUAUAAAAGUUUCAACUUUGUUAUUGGAGGUUCUUUUAAUGUACUUUGUAAUAUUAUUAAUUAUAGGUUGAACAUCCAAUUACUUAGACUAUGUUAUAUUUAAAAACAUUCCCAGGUCAAUUACGGGCAGCAAUUAGUGUUUAUUAAAGAGAUAUGGAUGAUGCAUGGGAUAUAUAUACUGAGACUUAAUGUUCAGAAACUAUAACUUUACUAUUAGGUUAAUUAGAGAUGAGAGAGUUUAAUUAGCAUCAAAUCUAUAUGAUCGAAAAUUAGAAUUUGCAAUAUUAUAAAGUAACAUUUUGGGCUAAGAUUUCAAAAGAAUAUGAUCCAGAAAUUGAUCAGAAAAUACAUAUUUUAAGAAUAGUAGCAAAUAGAUUUACAACAGAUUUUUAAGCAACAGGAUCUAAUUCUUUUAUUUUAUAUUAUGUGUACUACUCAGAAUAAAAAUAAUGGAUGAUGAUUAUCAGAUAUUAUUCUUAUGCAUUGCCAAUAAUAGUUUAAUUUACAGAUAAUAAUGAUCCAUUUUUAAAAGAAGAUGUUAUUUUUAUUUAAAAUUAUUUUCUAUUAAGUACAUGGCAUUAUAUUCAAAUUUCUUACGACCCAUAUAAUUUAAAUUUUUAUUUAAUUAAUCACAAGCAGGAUGAAUAAAUAGAAAAAACUUAUUAAAAUGUCUAUUAAUUUUCAAAUAUAUAUUAUCGACUAUUUUUUGGUGGUUCAAGUGAAGAAUUAAGUUCUCUGGGAAGAUCAUUUGGACUUAUAUCAUAUUAUGAUUGUAAUAAUAAAAAUAUUUAAUGUCAUUAUUCAUGUUCAACAUGUUACGGUCCAUCAUAAAAUGAAUGUUUAAGUUGUCCAGAAUCAACAAAUAGAAUUUAUAAUGAAGUUGAUUAAACUUGUAAAUGCAAGGUUUGGUAUUCGGAAACAUCAGAUUUUAGUUGCUAAUUUGUUACAUAAAAUGAAGUGAUUGUUGAUUUAGUAGAUGAGUAAGAAGAUUAAGAUUUAGAGUACUGUAAAUUUGGGGAAUUUAGUUUUGAUUAAAUGUGUUUUUAAUGGUAUUAUUAUAAUUAAACUAGUCCGUCAGCAAGUUAACACAAUUAGGUCAUAUGUGUAGAAUGUUUAAUGA